UGCCUCUAUGGCUCGCUGGCCACGCUGAUGGCCGCUUCCAAUGCACAGAGCAGUAAACAACGAACAGCGCUUAGUGCCACAUCACGGAAUCUUAUCGCUCUCGUUCGACACAAAAACCCAGCCGAGAACCGAGAACCAAAAACUGAAAACCGAAACCCAAACCGAGAACAGAGACCUACAAUAAAAAACAAAAAAUAAAAAAAAAAAAAAAAAUAAAAAAACCCGAACAAAUACGAAGGUGUUUCGGCUGCAGAACAAACAAGUCAUCUAGCGUGCUGCAACAACAGCAAAAGCAACAAGACCAGGUGAGCCAGGUGAGCGGCGCAGUAUCGCGCAGUUAUAGCAUACGACCACGUCAACACCAAUACCAUCGCAAGGAACAACGCUCUGCUGUGCUGUGCUGUGCUGUUGCCAACAAAAAUAAAAGCAACACUACGCAACCCUCUUAUAACAGUUGGCAAAAUGUCAGACUAGGCAGCAGGGUUAACCCGGGGGAAGCAGGGGGGCAGGCAGCCCAAAGCAAGAUCUCACCUCAGACAGGUGUGUUUUCCAUGUCCAAGACUCUUAAUUUCAGAAUCAAUAAAACCAGAGACCCUGAAAAACAAAAAUAAAAAAAAAGGAAUCGUAAUCAAAUUAAAGGCACCUGCUGCUGCUAUAACCUGCCCCAAAAGAUGCUGAGCCCGCAAAACUCAACUCGCUGAUGAAUUGGAAUGCGAUUUAAAAUUGGUAUUUGACAGGUGCAGCCAGCUAACAGUCCCCACACACAGAUAAAGAUACAAAAAUUCAAAAGUGUGCAAGCAAACGAGCGACGCCCCUGAGAAAAAAUAAAAUGGGGGAAUGGGGCAGAAACAAGGGCGUAGUGGUUAAGGGAGAGUCCCCAAAGAGGAGGAGCUAUAAGGAGGGACUUGUUUAUAUUUCAAAACAAAAAAUGUAAUCAUGAUUGAGAUAAUAGUAUCAUCUUUUUUAAUAAAAUUUGGAGGUUAUAAAGGAUAUCUAGAUUUAUAGGAUUUUAAAUUUUAAUCCCUCCUUUUUUCUCUCUUUUAAUUAUUAAACUAACUUAAAUAUAAUAAGAAAAUGUUAAUAAAGAUCCCUAAAACUUAUUUUUUAUCUAAAGUUAAGUAGCAUAUUCCCUAGUUUUCCUGUGAUUACCCUCCCAAAUUGUACGAAUCAGUGUGGAAUUGUUUUAUGUCUAUUGAUAAGAAAUCACCAAACCCCCAAAAGUACUGAAAACAGAGCACUCUUUUAUCAAAUACGUGUAUCAAACAAAUGGUUCGGGUACUCAAAACUCUAAAGAGUAGACAGGCUCUUAUCUGGGGACGCACAAAGUUAAUUAGCUUAGUGCGCCAAGAUAGAGCGAAAGGUUUCGGGAGAGUCCCAUGAAAUCACAUUUAAUCGUUAGCCGAGCAUGCAACACGAGGGCACAUGAAGCCAUUGCCAUCCCCUCCGGCCAUUGCUGGCCACAUACGCCAUACAUACGCCCCCCACACCCAACCCCAGGCAACACCAACAACAAUCGAAACAAACAACACACAACAUCGCAUUCGUAACGCCAAGUCAAAGGCAAACUGUUCAAAAGAGAGAAGCGACCACCAUAAACCCACUACUUUUGCAUAUGCACCUCACAGUGCACCAUGCUGUAAGCCAAGUGCAUUGCAAACAGCUGCGGUUAAGAUAAUAAGAGCUUGAGAUUAAAUUAAGUUUAUAUAAUCUUGAUUGCCAAAAGGCUUAUAACGUUAAAUACAUUUAUAUUUUAAUAAAUUUAAGAGGUAAUAUUCUUAAGAUUAAAUUAAGUUUAUAUAAUCUUUAUUCCUACAAAGCUUAUACAGUAUAUUUUAAUAUUAUAUUUUAAGAGGUAAUACGCUUAGGAUUAAGAUUAAAGGAGAGAUUAAAGAUGAAAGAAGAUGAAAUUAAGUUUAUAUUAAGUUUAAUACAUUUAUAUUUCAAUAAAUUUAAGAGGUAAUAAUCUUAAGAUUAAGAUUAAAUUAAGUUUAUAUAAUAAGUUUAAUUAAGUUUAAAUAAUCCAGUUUUCUUAUGGAGCCAUAGGAAUUGCCUAAUUUUUGGCGUCUUAAUUUUUCGAAUGAGAAAAUAUUAAUUUUAAAUUGUAUAUUAUAUAAUUAUAUUAUCAAUAACUGAAAAAUAGAUAUUAUAUUUAAGUAUAGAGUCUUAAGAAAUCCUUCAAAAGUAGCUAGGUUGUAUUUAUUUGAAACUGUAAUGAUUAUUGAAGCUGAAAAAAUAAUUAUGACAAGUGAUAAAACAGGAAAAAGUUGUAUUUUUCAAAUAAAUUGCAAUUGUUUUCCCAUCAUUAUGCAGACGUGCAAGACAAUGGGUUUAUAUUGUUUUAACCACCACUGUGCUGAACGGUAACAGCUGGCAAUGUCGUCUCUGUUGCUACAACAACAAACUGCAUGCAAACACCACCCAAAGCCAAAUCCGAGACCAGGCAGAGGCCAUAAGGGACCAGUGAGCAUAGUGAACAGUUUUUAUUUCAUAUGGAGCAAGCGAACGCGCGCGUACGAACGCAUACAGAGAAGACCGAAAGCGCGGUCACAAGUGUUAUUUGUUAUUACUCAGUAAUUGUUAAAAUAUCGCCACCGCAACAACAAGCCCGUGCUCAGUAGAAGUAUAUAUUUAUAUGUACAUCAGUAGAAAACUUUAAGGAAUCGCUAAUAAAAUCGCUAAUCCCUCUCUCUGGUUGCUAAAAACUAUAGAGAAAGAGAGGCGCAAGUGGCUUCCGGAAAGCUGCUGCGCAGAUCAGCUACAUAGAAGACAUUCUCUGGAGAACAAGUUUUGAAUUCUACAAAAGCUACAUACUUUUGAAAAAUGGCUACUAUAGCGGCAUUACCAACGGCGACGCUACGGCGCAAUAGCAGCAAUAACAACAGAAACAAGGGGGCCAAAUCGCGGCGGAAUGAGCGCAAUAUCCUUACGUUCUACGAAAAGAUUGCCGUUAUCCGGUACUACGACGAGACCAACAUCUCCAGAAACAGCCUGGCCAAAAUGUUUCACUGCUGUGCCACCCAAAUCAGACGCAUCCUGGACAAGAAGAAGGACCUACUCCAACAAUUGGCCACAUUGAGCGAAGCGGAUGCCUCGAUUAUAAUUGAGGAAAUGACCCGGAAGCGUCGAAAGUUUGAAAUGAGCGCCAUAAGCUUCCUGCUACGGGAGUGGGUGGAGAGAUGCAGGCAACUCCAUCUGAAUAUCAGUAUCACCAACCAGAAGCUCAAGGACACUGCUCUAAGAAUGGCUGCUAUAUUGAACCUCCCAUCGUUCCGCCCCUCCUAUCGCUGGCUGAACCGAUUCCGUGGAAAGUACAAAUACGAAGGUGAUGAACUGGGCUACCAGGGAGAGAAUCCUGUCAACCAGGACCUGCCCGUGGAAGAGAUCAUAGUGGAGUUUAAGAACGCGUUGCCGAACUUUAUGCAAAGGGAGUUGUCGGAUCCACCUGAAGGAGUCAAUGUUGCCGACUUGGUUAAUCUAUCCAGUGAGAACAGCUUGAUGUCAGACCAUCAGGACGAGGAGGAUGAAGUCGUGGAAGUGGUUACUUGCGAACCCAGUGUCUUACCUUCCCCGCCAACUUCUUCAGUGAAAGGAGAAGAGGAACUUUUUAUGAAAGAAGAGGACCUACCUUCCGAGGAGCAAAUGAACGCGGGAACUAGCACCCUCCUCAAUGGAGUCUUUCCCCACUUGGCCAUCAUCCACCAAUUUGCUCUGAUGAACUCAGACAUCCAGGCCCUGGAGCUAAUCUCCCAGCUCGGCGUACACAUGCAACAGCAGGCCAUGUCAGGGGCCUAUGGGAAGCUGUCGCUGGCGACGGAAACUGAAGGAGACUCUGCCACUCUGCCGGACCUUCCUCCGGGGAGUAUUUAUGCAGACAUUGACGAUAUAGAGUUAAUAGAGUAGAGGAGCACCUAAGGGCCAAGCUGACUUUAAAUAUUAUGCCAUAUUCUAGAUAAGAUUAAGGUCUUAAACUAAGAAAAUAGUUUAUAUAAGAAGUGGAUCUAAUUGUUAAACAUUUUUGUAUUAAUAACUUUAAUUAUUACGGCUUUAGAUUAAGAUUAAUUUAAUAAAAUAAGUGAAAAAUGAAA